AUGGGUGUCAUACCGUCUAUCGUGGCCAACAACGUAGCCAUGGGUGUCAAAGAGUUUGCCGAGUUUGAUCCCAAGUCGAGCAUGGACGCUAUUGCCAGUGUCCAGAACGCGACAGCUGCCGAACAGUCGUCGGUUGGAGAGGCAGCGGAUGCUGCACGGACAGGGGCCAAGAUGAUGUCCCUAAAGGGCAGUGAGAUCAAGUCCGCUCUUUCAGCACUGGGAGAUAUUGAUGACGGGCAGAACAAGGUGUUGGAUAUCAAUUCGCUCAUGACAGCGCUGGAGGACUACGUGACCAAGGUUCCUGAUGCUACCUCUGGAGUCCCGCUCAACUGCUAUCUAAAGGACAUCACCAAAGGGAUGCUAGCUGAGAUGUGGUUAGCCAAAUACUUCCUGGCAAGUAUAAUUCCAUCCAGAAUGAUGACUUGGAGCCGACGCCAAAGCCGACGCCCGAGUCGUAAGAUGAUUCAACUCUGGAACAUCGAAAGACUGAGCUCCAAAAGCUGA